AUGGGAGACAACACCCGGGCAGACAAUGGUGAAAACAUCAACAAAGAGGUGGUUAUCCAGGAUGUUCGGGAAAAAGAAAACGAUACGGAGGCUGUAAAGCCUGAUGGUGCAUCAGUAUACAGCGAGUCUUCGAGCGUCCAGGCCGGAGUGCAAAAGGCACUUAUUCUCAGGGCAGCUUGGUCCAAAACGACUUUGCUGAUUGCCUUCUCGAGUUUGUUCCUCACAACGCUGGUCAUCACAUUUUCCGAUUACUCGCAUAUGGUACUGGAGCCGUAUGUCGCUAGUGACUUCAAGAGCCAUUCAACGAUGAGUGCCGCGAGGGUAGCAAUAAACAUCACUCGAAUCGUUGCAUAUCCCAUCAUUGCAAAGUUGAGCGACGUUUUUGGCAGAGCUGAAAUGUUCGUCUUUUCCAUCUUCUUCCAAACACUUAGCUACAUCAUCUACGCGACCAGUCAAAAUAUCGACCACUACGUCGCGGCCGGCCUCUUCGAUGCCAUAGGAUCAACGGGCUUCGGGCUCACCCAACAGGUCUUCAUCGCCGAUGCUACAACGCUGGUAAAUCGAGCGUUUUGGUCAACCCUUCCCGAGUCCAUCACCACAAUUCCCGCGCUGUACCUGGGAUCUCUCAUCGGCCAAGGUUUCUUGCAACACUCCACGUGGAGAUGGUCAUACGGAACCUGGGCAAUUGUUGUGCCAUCAGUAACGGUACCUCUCGUCGCAACCAUGGUUGUUCUUCAACGACGAGCCAAGAAGAAUGGACUUGUUUCCAAGGACCUCAAUGGUGAUGACGCUGCUCCGACUUGGAAGAAGAUACUGCAGGUACUUUGGGCUGAGAUUGACUUCCUCGGUCUGACGCUGUUGGUCACCGGUUUGUCUCUAGUCUUGAUUCCUGUCUCCUUGACUGGUUCGUUCAACACGGAUCGAUGGCGCGAGGCAUCCUUCAUUGCAAUGGUAGUAGUUGGGGUUGUGUUGCUGGCUGUGUUUCUCGUCUGGGAUCUAAAAUUUGCCAAACGGCCGCUCAUCCCCGUACGAAUGGCUAAUCGCACAGUAAUUGCAGCUUGUGCCAUUCAAGUGUUUGACUUUCUCGAGUACAGUCUGUUCACCAUCUUCUUCCCGAGUUAUUUGCAAGUUGCUGGCCAAUUCGGUCCUGCCCAGGCGACCCGUAUUGACAACUCCUUGAGGGUGGCGUUUCAAAUAUGUGCUUUGCUAGUUGCAGCUGGAAUGCGAUACACUCGAAAUACUCAGAUGUGGAUUCUCACUGGUCUACCGUUGGUUAUACUCGGCCAAGGUCUCAUGAUCUAUCUUGUGGAUAUGGGCAAUGGUCAGCAUGGCACCGAAGUGACAUUUAUUGUUUCCAAGGUCAUAUCGGGUAUUGGUCGAGCAUUCUUCCAAACGGCUGGCCAAGUCUCAGUCCAAGCUGUCGUCUCGCGACAAGAACUUGCCACGAUAACAGCUCUAUUCCAGGCGGGUAACAGCGUUGGAGGCGCAAUUGGCACAAGUGUAUCUGGGGCUAUUUGGCGCAACACUCUGCCCGACAAGCUCUUAGAAUACCUCCCAGAAACGGAAAAGAAAAACGCCACGAGUAUCUUCCAAUCAAUUGUUGUGGCAAAGAAGUACAAACCUGGCACACCGGCCAGGGAUGCCAUCGAUCGAAGCUACCGCGAGUCGCAAAGGAUUUUGGCAAUCGUAGCUACGUGUAUGUGCGUACCUAACUUGAUCUUGAUGUGGUUUAUGAAGGACGUCAAGUUGGCCGAGGAGGACAAGAAGGACCAAGAAAAUAUAAACCGUGCGAUAGCGAAGUUAGAGCAGAAGAAUGAUAACGGAGGUCCCUGA